UAUCAGCUGUGCUGAUCACAAAUAAAAUGCUCAUCGAAUUUCAGGCGAAGAAAAACAAGAAACUCAAAAAUUAACACAGCUUCGUGUAGCUGAGGAGAACCAAAUGACAACAUUAAAAAUGUAAAAUUAAAACUCGCUGUACUCCUGAACCGGAUCACAAGGAUCGCUGCCAUGUUGGACGAUACCAACUGCAAACUGCGUCUUACAAAUUUAAAAAGGAAUAGCCGUAUAGAUUGUCUUGCUCGAAAUAAAAAUAGCUAUAGGGUUCCAGUGCAUUUUAAAACGUAGCUAACUGACCCUGGCGGCAACUGGCGUUUUAAACCUCUAUAAUAUGUUCAAAAUCCCCCCCUUUGUUGUCAUUGCCGUGGUACAGUCAGUGGUCACUAUGGCGCUGGGGAGAUUUGGUAAAUGUUGUCGGUUGCUAUUACGUGAGCCCUUUAAAGGAGUAUUUUUGGGUAGUUUGCACCCAGGAUGGAUCGAAAGCUGUGUGGGAGCUAAGAGGCAUCUGUUGUCAGAAGAUGUCAUCAAACUUCAAGACUUUCAGCAAAGGAAGCUGGCCGUGGCUCACCUCGUCACUGGAUCGAAAGGAAAUUACAUAGAGCUGUUCAGUGAGAAGCUAGAGAGGAAUGAGCUGAUACUGAGAGAUGAGCUGAAGCUCCUCCUUCACCUGUGCCAGUCUGCAGAAGACAUGUUGAUAGCCAGAGAUGCCAUCUAUAGGUAUCACACAGAGAACCGAAACUUAGCACACGGAGAGUUUAAGUUUGGUCCUCUCUUCAUGAGGCUGUGCUAUGAGCUGGGUCUGGAGGACAUGGCUGCUGCUACACUUACAGAUGAGAGUAUGAGAGGAUUUUUCAACGACGCAACGUCCUUUAACAUAGCCAUAGACAUGUUAUUCACAAAAGGCUGUUAUGAAAAUGCUCUGGAGGUACUAAGAACCAUGAAGAACCAAGGUGUACCAUUCAACAAAGACACACAGACUCUGGCAGCUGGUACCUGCUAUAAACUGAACACAAUUGAGUCCUACAGGAUCUGCACUGCUCUGAUAGAGGAGGGGCAGACCAAAGGGCACUUCAUCCCCAGACAUGCUUACUGCUUUGCUGUAGCAUUAGCACUUAGGCGGAGUGACAUUGAAAAAGCACAGUCAUUGUAUUCACAGAUUAUGAGCACGGACAGCAGAUUAUGCCAAAAUUUGAAAGUUGUAAUACUAGCAAUGUCAGGAGCAGUGACGGAUGCCAUUUCCACCCUGUCUGCAGCUGUGCUGCCUAAAAGCCCUUCUUUUGUGAAGAAGCCUGAAUUUUCACAGGAGGUGGUGGAUUUGCUGCGCUUACGGAGUGAGGGCGGACCACACAUGAUGGAUGUGGAACAGAUAGUGACUCAUCUUGAACGAGCCGGUCAGGUGACAAAGCAGACCCUCGACGGCAUGCUGUGCCAUACACCCACAGGGAAGAGGAAACCAGCACCGAUACUGGAGGAGAGGAGGAUCAGCCGAAGGACUCUGAGGCCACUACAGUCCACUCUGCUGUCAGAAUGAGGAAGCCUGCCUUAGGUGUUAGAGCUAGUCACUUAAACACAAACAGAUGACUUAAAUGACCUACCUCUCAUUAAACACAGACACAGUCACCCCUCUGCAGAUUGGGCAGUCCAAAUUUGUGCAGGCAUUUAAAUGUAUGCAUUUCCUUGCAAGGAUCUCAUAUGGAUAAUAUGAGUGAUUUUGGGAAGAAUGUGUUGUAUAUGAAAGUGAGAAUGAGUGAUUAAAGACUAAUUGAAUAUUUAAUAAUGAAAAAAUAUUCUUUGUUUUGCUUUGAUGUGUAGGGAUGUAGGUGAAAUCAGGUUUGUUUUGCCAUCUUUAAUUCCUUUUACCCAUUCAAUCCUAAAAUGUAUGGUGGGUGAAAACCCAAUGUAAACUCAGGUACUAUCAACUUUGUUAU